AUGCAUCGACAUCCGCAGCAGGUAUCGAUGAAGCUUAAAGCACAGUUCUUUAUUUUAUUUUAUUAUUUAUGUUAUUAUAGUUUCACUAAGGAUGUCAUAUUAAAUGCUUGUUAUGGAAAAAGAGAGUUUGUUUAUGAUUCGUAUGCUGAUCGUUGUGUAGAUCCUUCAGUUUUUCCAUGUCAUACUGUUAAUAUAGGCAACCCUUGUGCGGGAAAAGCAAAUGGAAAAUACUUGAUUCCCAACGUGUUUGCUUCCUUGCAGUGUUCAUCUCAACAAGGAAGCUAUGUUCAUUGUGCAAAUAACCAAAUUUUUGAUCCAAAUUAUAAUUCUUGCAUGGAUGCUAAAAACUAUAAUUUAAAUAAUUUUUGUAUUAAUAGACCGGAUGGACAAUAUCGCAAUCCUUGGAAUUGCAAUAAUUAUAUUACUUGUUUCAGUCAAGGAAAUUUACGCAAAUCCAACAUCACAUCUUGUGAAUUUUCUGAAGUUUAUAAUCCUUAUAUCGAUUUUUGUGAAGAUUCAUCACUUUUUCUAUGUCGCACUGUUAACAUGUAAUUCUGUUUGCACUUCUCUUUCAUCAAACCUUAAUGUGUGAAGUUUGUUAAUUGCAUGGCUUCUUACUUGUCUAGCUCCACUUCCACUGAGAGAAAACGCUUUUUGGAAUAAUUUGCAACUUGCAGAAUACUGAUCAACAAGACAAACUUGUAUUCUCCCACUAUUCUAUUCUUCCACUUUUUAUAAUAUUUUGUUUAUCUUAAAAAUUCUUAUAAAAAUAAAUAAACAAUUAAA